GUGGCGGAUGCGGAUAGGUGAUGUUCGCUGGCGACAUUGAAAGAGUUUCUAACUUGCACGAAACCAAAACCCAGGUUUACAACAAUACACGCACAGAGAUUUUUUUUAAUUUCAGUUUUCAUCCUCUUCUCUUUUUUCCAGCAACUGCAAAAGGUUAUUUCAUCAUCCGACAUCUCUCUCUGUCUCUCUUUUGGCUGUCUGUAUUGAGAUAUUUCUAGCUCUGGAGGAUUUAUAAUCUGUCAUAUUAUAAAUGGGAGUUCCAGUCUCUUACUCUCGUCUCAGCCUCACAAGUUGGAGGCAUUCGCAAUCCCAGCUGUCGUAUUACAUGCAAGUGGUUGUUGCGAUGGGACCAACCCCACCCCUACUGCAAUUCUUGUGGGCUGCACUCCCUUGAUUUUUCAGGAUAACCCAUCAACGUCAUCCUUAAUUUCAAUGCCUACCCUCCUGUAAAUUCCGCACUCUUUCCGGGUUUUUUUUCUUCCCAAAGCUUGUUCUUUUCCAUGGCUCUUUUUGGGGUUUAUCAGAUUCUGGGCACUCCUAAUUCGUUUGCGUUCACAGUGAGGUUUUGAUUCGCAAUCAGCUUCUUCUUCUUCUUCUUCUUCUUCUUCUUCUUCUUCUUUUCCUGUAAUUUUAAUUGAAGGUGGUCUCUCCUGCACCUCUCUUUUCUUCCGUUUCUUGCUCUUCCUGCUUCCGAGUGCGCCGCACCGACUUCAAGAAAUUCCAAUCUGCUAAUUAAAUAGUUGUUGUUUAUAGCUGUAGAUCCAACUUCAAAGGACUAAAUUUGAAAAGAAAGAGAAAAAAAAAAUCCAUGGUUUUAGUUAUUGAUAGUCGUAUAUUUUAGAGUACUUUGCUAGAUCUCUCUCUCUCUCUCUCUCUCUCUCUCUCUCUCUCUCUCUGUGCGUGUGUCUGUGUAUUGUUGUGUGCGAAACCCUUUAUAGUAGAUUCCAACGAAGCCUAGAUAACAUGGAUGAAAUGGGCAGUAGCUCUUCCUGGAGUAGAGAGCAGGAUAAAGCGUUUGAGGAUGCCCUGGCAACUUACCCUGAGGAUUCUUCAGAUCGAUGGGAAAAGAUUGCAGCUGAUGUGCCGGGAAAAACCUUAGGGGAGGUUAAACUUCACUAUGAACUCUUGGUUGAAGAUGUUAACCAGAUUGAGUCUGGUUGUGUGCCUCUGCCUAUCUAUAAUUCUACGUCAGAGGGUUCGACGGGCCAUGUUGGUGAUGAAGGAGCUGGUAAAAAGGGCAGCCAUUAUAGCCACUUCAACAGUGAUUCCAAUCACGGAGGGAAGGGUUCAAGGUCAGAUCAAGAGCGGCGCAAGGGAAUUGCUUGGACAGAGGAUGAGCACAGGUUGUUUCUUCUUGGUUUGGAUAAAUAUGGGAAAGGAGAUUGGCGGAGUAUAUCCCGAAACUUUGUAGUGACAAGGACACCUACCCAGGUGGCGAGCCAUGCACAGAAGUACUUCAUUCGUUUAAACUCUAUGAACAAGGAUAGGAGGCGAUCCAGCAUCCAUGAUAUCACAAGUGUUAACAAUGGAGACAUCGCAGCACCACAAGGGCCCAUCACUGGUCAAACAAAUGGUUUGGUGGCAGGAGGUUGCUCUGGCAAAUCAACAAAACAGGCCUCCCAAACCCCAGCUGGGACACCUGGAGUCGGCAUGUAUGGUGCUACAACCAUCGGGCAACCGGUUGGAGGACACCUUGUUUCAGCGGUGGGCACUCCGGUAAAUCUUCCUUCCCCGACCCACAUGGCAUACGGUGUCAGAGCUCCAGUUCCAGGCCCAGUAGUUCCUGGUGCCCCUGUGAACAUGGGUGCCAUGGCAUAUCCAAUGCCUCACCCAUCUGCUCAUAGGUAAACAUGCCUCUCUUUAAGUUUCGACAUCUUGUACAAAAGUCAUUACCCAUUCCCUUAUAAUAUGUAUAUUUGGUUAAUGGGUGCAUCCCAAGUUGAGGCAGCAUGAGUGUACUUGUUGGCGAGCACUGUUUUCUGGUGUGGGAGUCCAUCAGUUUGCUCAUCAAUUUUUAAUAAGUGGGGAGAGAAACCAUGUUCGUCUGUAUUGUAUAGGGCAGGUCUUGAUGCGGCAUUAGUUGUAGAGGGACAUUAAAUUCCUAGUUUGGCAAUCUUCACUGCAAAUAAUUAGACUUAAUUUGAUGAUGUUGAAAUUCUGCGUUCCAUGGUA